AUGAAAGAAACAAUCUCUGAGAAACUUGAGAAAUAUUUCUUUAACCUUCAAUAUGAAGAUUAUGAUAAGGCUGACCAAAAACUUAUUCAGCUUUUAUCUUUAGAAACUAAAGAAUGCGAAGAAUUGUAUCAAAAAGAACCCAAACUUUUUGAUCAAUAUUUUAGAAUGACUAAAAUAGAUGAACCUGAUACUGAAUCAGAACAAGAAGAUAACUUUAAAACUAAUACAAAGACUGUUAAGUUCGAAUAUUCAGAUAUGGAAGAUGAUGAAGCAGAAUCUUCUUAUACAGCCACAAGAAGAGGCAAUAAAAAGAAAUAUGAGUUCAAAAUGCCUGUACACAAUGGUAUUCCAGAUAGUAGCAAAGGACCCAAUACGAUCAAUAUACUCAAUAUUGAUUGUAUCCAAGAUCUAAAACUCAGAGAAAGAGUUGUAGAAAAAUGGGUUACUGAGAUUUCACUAAUCUUACAGACAAACCCAGAUGAAUUUGAAAAAGCAAAAAAUGUUCUUCUACUUUUAGAACACAAAACUGAUGGAAUUGUGCAAAAGUUCCUAAGAAACAAUAAUUGGAAUGAAGAUUUGCAUGGUUCAGAUCUUUUUGAUAAUCUCAUAAAUGUCAUACACUACUUUCUUAGGUCUUGA